CCAAAAUGGCAGCGGAGCGGGGGGGCCCGGGAGAGCCGCCGCCGCACGUCGGCUGGGGUUCGGCGAAGGAGCCGCGGGGGCCCUCGGAGAAGUUGUUUCGAUAGUCGCCGCGCAGAGAGGCGGAGGGUCAUGAGCGGGCGCGCCGUAACGGUUUCUGACGGGGUGGCGGCGGGUAGCUGGAGGCGAAAGUGCGCAAGUAACAGCGUCACUGAAAUAGCGGUAUUUGUAAUCCUCUGCGGAGCAGAGCCGUAAGCGGCAAUACCGGUGAAAUAUAUACUGGGGAACAGCCGGAUGAAAGAAAUAUUUCCCCCCGUCUGGAGGGAGGGAAUCUGUCUGGAGGAAUCUGAAUGCUUCUACCUCAUGUUUUUUCCCUGGAUGCUUAAGCACAUCUACACUAAUCAGUUUCAGGUUGCACCGUGGAAAUGCUCAAAUCGGAGCAUGGAGCCUCUCACGGCUUUAGUGACCAGCUGCGGGGAAAGCGCCGAGUCCUCGCAGAGCUGCGGCGCGCGCAGCUUUGCCGUUGCUGUCAAACUCGCAGAACGGUCGAGGUUGGAUGACACCUCCGGAGACCGCCCAGCCCGAGCCCUGCUCCCGCAGGGCCAGGUCACGCAGGCCACCCGGCCUUGGCACCGGCUGAGCUUCGAGCGUCCCCACGGACGGAGCCUCCGCCGCCUCCGCAGGCCGCCCGUGCCCGCGUCAAGCCGCCGGCGCAGCGAAGCCGCGUCUCCUUGCGCUCAGGCAAGAGGGCUCUGUGAGCCGCCCCUCCUUGGAGGGACGUGAGGGGCCAGAUCCCGCCUGGGCUACGAGGACAAGGGCGACGGCCACCCCGCCGAGUCACUAGCCACUGCCACUGCCAUCGCUAUUGCUCCGCGACAGGCCCAUCAGGGCCCCGACAUGCCGCUGUCGCGACUGCGCAAAGCCAUCGAGGAGUCCUGCCCCCACCUGGCCGGCUCGGUGCACAUCAGGUUAAAACUUAUGGCAGAAGGAGAACUGAAAGAUAUGGAACAGUUUUUUGAUGACCUUUCAGAUUCAUUUACUGGGACUGAGCCAGAAGUUCAUAAAACAAGUGUAGUAGGUCUAUUUCUGCGCCAUAUGAUCUUGGCAUACAAUAAGCUUUCUUUCAGUCAAGUCUAUAAACUUUACACUGCACUUCAGCAAUACUUUCAAAAUGAUGAGAAGAAAGAUGGAAUUGAUGAGAGUGAUAUGGAGCUGACAAAUACAGAAGACCUGGAGGGGAAAAUGGAGAAGGAAGAACUUGAUACACCUCUAAGCAGGGAAGAAGAGAUGUCUUGCAAUGGGCCUCUUUCACAGAAACAAGCAGAGUAUUUUCUUUCUCAGCAGGCUUCUUUACUAAAGAAUGAUGAAACAAAGGCUCUUACUCCAGCAUCUUUACAGAAGGAAUUGAACAACUUGUUAAAAUUUAAUCCAGACUUUGCUGAAGCACAUUAUUUAAGCUACUUAAAUAAUCUCAGAGUGCAAGAUGUUUUCAGUUCAACACACAGCCUUCUUCACUAUUUUGACCGUUUAAUUCUCACUGGAGCAGAAAGCAAAAGCAAUGGGGAUGAAGGUUACGGUCGGAGUUUGAGAUAUGCUGCUCUAAAUCUAGCUGCACUGCACUGCCGGUUUGGCCAUUAUCAGCAGGCUGAACUUGCGCUUCAGGAAGCCAUCCGGAUUGCACAGGAGUCUAAUGAUCAUGUUUGCUUGCAGCACUGCCUGAGUUGGUUGUACAUCUUGGAACAGAAGAUAUUUGAUAGCUGUGUUCUGCUGGAGCACUCUGUAAACAAAUCUUUACACUUUGGUUUGCCAUACCUAGCUUCCCUGGGAAUACAGUCCUUGGUUCAGCAAAGAGCUUUUGCAGGAAAGGCUGCCAACAAGCUAAUGGAUGCCUUAAAAGAUUCUGAUCUGUUACACUGGAAACACAGUUUGUCAGAACUUAUUGAUAUUAGUAUAGCACAGAAGACUGCCAUUUGGAGAUUAUAUGGCCGCAGCACCAUGGCACUUCAGCAAGCCCAGACUUUGCUGAGCAUGAACAGUCUGGAGGCUGUGAAUGUGGGCGUACAGCAGAAUAACACAGAGUCCUUUGCUGUAGUAUUGUGUCACCUGGCUGAGCUACAUGCAGAGCAGGGAUACUUUGCGGCUGCUUCUGAAAUACUGAAACAUCUAAAGGAAAGAUUUCCUCCAAACAGUCAGCAUGCACAGCUUUGGAUGCUGUUUGAUCAGAAAAUACAGUUUGAGAGAGCCAUGAAUGAUGGCAGAUACCAUGCAGCAGAUUCACUUGUAGCUGGAAUUACAGCCCUUAAUAGCAUUGAAGGAGUAUACAGAAAAGCUCUUGUUUUGAAAGCCCAAAAUCAAAUGUCAGAGGCACACAAGCUUUUGCAGAAAUUAUUGAUCCACUGCCAGAAAAUCAAGAACACUGAGAUGGUGAUUAGUGUACUUCUCUCAAUAGCAGAGCUCUACUGGAGAUCUUCAUGUCACACGAUAGCUUUGCCUGUCCUGCUACAGGCUCUUGCCCUCUCCCGAGAAUAUAGUCUACAGUACUUGGCUUCUGAAACUGUGCUGAACUUGGCUUUCUCCCAGCUGAUCCUUGGGAUUCCUGAGCAAGCCCUGAAUAUUCUGCAUAUGGCAAUAGAGCCUGUCUUGGCUCAUGGAGCUGUGCUGGACAAAGGCUGUGCCAUGUUCUUGGUGGCCAAAUGUCAGGUGGCUUCCGCAGCUUCCUACACUCCACAAAAGAAGGUUGAAGCUUUGGAAUCGGCUAUUCUGAAUCUAAACGAAGCUAAGACUUACUUUGCCAAAGUGGAUUGCAAAGAGCAACUCAGAGAUGUUCUCUACUUUCAAGCCAGACUGUUCCACACCCUAGGCAAGACCCAGGAAAGGAACAAAUGUGCCAUGCUCUUCCGGCAGCUGCACCAGGAACUGCCUGCGCAUGGUGUCCCCUUAAUAAAUGCCUUUAAGUGAUACAUUUAAAGAUGAGAUUUACUUUCCUAUUUUGUUAACUGUCUUUUUAUUAUAUUCAGUCAUCAGUGUUUCAAAAUAAUUGCCAAUAAAUUAUGGUCUUCUACUGAACAAA